AUGUCUCAGACGGCCAGCUACGGGGAAGGCCCUGUGAACAACAUUUUUUUGAAAUAUUUUCAGGACCGUACAGACUUGCACGGGUUGUUGCCCGAGCUAAAUGGGGUCGAACUGGCUAUGAGCCUUAGCCCCAAACAUCAUCAAGGAGGCCCCCAGGUUCUUAGUCACCUUCAGCAACUCCACCACUCCACACCCUUUAGCGUCACCGACAUCCUCAGCCCCAUAGAAGAGUCCUACAGGAAGUUGGAAUUGGCCGCCAACCCACCCUCACCCUACAGAUCUACCUCUAGCGGUAGCAGUAUAAACUCCCCGGGAGCGGCUGGCACAGGCAGUACAGGCUGCAGUAUGAACGGCGGAUACCCCGUUAUGAGCCAAUUCGGCGGCGGGCAAUAUUGUCCUGUAUCCGAAAACUUAGGACUUGCCCCACACUACUCCUCGGGAUGGUACCAAAGCUCAGCAGCUGAUCCCAGAUUUGCAAUUUCGAGGUUAAUGGGCGGCACUGCGGGAUCAAAUAUGGGUCAUGGUCUAAACACCGGUAUGCCCGGACUAGGUGCCUGCGCAGUAUCAGACUCAAAACCCAUGCAAUUUCCACUGGCACAGCGCAGAAAACGACGAGUACUUUUUACACAAGCUCAGGUUUACGAACUGGAGAGGCGGUUUAAACAGCAAAAAUACUUAUCAGCCCCCGAAAGAGAACAUUUGGCCUCCUUAAUCCAUCUCACCCCCACCCAAGUGAAAAUUUGGUUCCAAAACCACAGGUACAAGUGCAAACGGCAAGCUAAGGAGAAAGCGAUGGCCGAACAAAAUCAACACAACCAGUCGUCUUCAUCGCCGCGCCGAGUCGCAGUCCCGGUGCUAGUCAAGGACGGCAAACCUUGUUCGGGCGGCGGCAACCAGAACCAGACGUCCUCGGGCGCGAACAACAACGAGGCGGGCGGCGGGCGGGCGCAGCAGUCGCCCGCUUGCCAGCCGCAGCAGCAGACGCAGUGCAUGUCGAACGGGGGCCUCGCCAUGGCCUACAGACAGCAGACGAACUAUCAGCAGCAAUGCGGGACGUAUCUGCCCCUGCAGACGCGAGCGUGGUAG